UCGGCAGUUACCUGGCACUUCCUGGAGACGGUUGCUACAACUCGUCCUGUAACUUGUGGCGUCCGCCGCUUCCAGCCAGUACCGUUACCUCCAGCCGCUACAGAACAAAUGGCUUUUGUCUCACACAGUCAGAGGGAACCGAACGGAACGUACACGUUCUCCAGUCGGCCCAGGCCCGUGGAGAACCGCUCCAAGUACAGAGAGCCUCCGUCCGAACAGACACUAAGCAGUUAUGGAAACAUUAUGUACGACCGUCGUGUUGUCAGAGGAAACACUUAUGCUCAACAAAUCAUACCCACUAGAGCUCCGCCAGAUCCAGGAGAAACCCAGAGACAGGAGCUCAGGAGGAAAGCCAUUGCCCAGAAACACGCCCGGGAGCAGUUCAGGAUCAAGACCCCCGAGGCCCUGCAGGGCAGGAAACACACUGAUGUGCAGACAGAGCUUUACCUGGAGGAGCUGAGUGAUGUCAUAGUGGCUACAGAUGUGGAGUGUCAGACAGACGCUUUCCUGGACCGACCGGCGACUCCACUCUUUAUACCUGCCAAAACUGGGAAGGAUGUUGAAACACAGAUAGAGGAGGGAGAGCUGUUUGACUUUGACAGGGAGGUGCAAUCAGUGUUGGAGGUUUUGGUGGGUAAGACGAUAGAGCAGUCCCUGCUGGAGGUGAUGGAGGAAGAGGAGCUGGCCUGUCUCAGGGCGCAGCAGAGGGCUUUCGAGGAGCUCCGAAAUAAUGAGCUGGCAGAGGUGCAGCGGCUUCAGGAGCAGGAGAGACGCCGCAGCAAGGAGAAAGAACGUAGGAUUGCCCAGCAGAAGGAGGCGCUGAUGCAAGAGAAGGAGACUGCAGAGAAGAUUGCUGCCCGGGCGUACACACAGCAGUAUCUGGCUGACCUUCUACCUGCAGUCUUCACCUCACUGAGAAGCCACGGCUUCUUUUUCGACCCUGUUGAGAGAGAUAUUGAGACUAAUUUCUUACCCUGGCUGAUGGCAGAAGUUAACAACAAUUUGGAGAAGCGAUAUAUCGCCAGGGAGGUGUUGGACAAUAUCAUCCGUGAUGCCACCCAGAAGACACUGGAGAGAUUCAGAGAGCCAGAGUCGAAAUCUGACACGUAGAGUUACAGUGGCAAUGAUUUCAUAAGAUAAAAGCAGAGCAUAUAUGUUCCAUUAAAGAAAUAAAAUGUAGCUAACACCAGGA